GGGAUAAAUUCCGCUCGAACCCCAAGCCGAUCUUGGUUACCUUUGAGCAGGCUCCGAGGACAGCAGUGGUGACAGAGCGGUUAAGAUUUGCUGUUACGGUCCAGCUAUCAUAGUCAGAAUCAACAUGGCGACUACAAUCCGCAUCGCAGAUGAAGUUCACCCAAAGACGGGCAUCGAGUUCACUAGAACAGAUACCCAGUCAUCACGGAACCUACGAAAAGGAAGCAUCGGUGACGAUGGAAUCUACAACAUCCGUUCGAGGUCCCGGCAACCAUCGCGCGCGCCAUCUGAGUACAAACCUGAUGGCGAUCCUGGGUUGCGCAAAGAAGGCGACUUCAAGCAGGCGCAGGUCUUCAAUGGUAAAAUGCUUCUAUGGCUGGCGUAUCAAGCAACCGGCGUCAUCUAUGGCGAUAUCGGCACCAGUCCUCUCUAUGUCUACUCUUCCACUUUCACAUCUGCGCCCUCCCACCAGGAUCUCAUCGGCGUCUUAUCCCUCAUCAUCUGGUCGCUUACAAUGAUGGUGACGGUGAAGUAUGUUUUGAUCGUCGUGCGGGCCGAUAACGACGGCGAAGGGGGAACUUUCAGCACGUAUUCGUUGUUGAGUCGCUAUUUGAACAUCACAAACCGCGAUCCGAGAGAGGCUUCUCUGGUUCGCAUGCGCCGUUACGCCUCCGGUGACCUCGAAUCUGCGGGGCGCGCCAUGCGUCAGGGUAUCGAGUCGCACAAAUUCUUCCGCGGCUUGCUCAAGGUGAUGGGCGUGCUCGCUGUUGCCAUGGUCAUCGCCGACGGUGUCUUAACUCCUGCUCAGUCCGUACUUGGGGCUGUCCAGGGUGCAAAAGUUGUCAACCCCGGUCUCUCAAAGGGCGCGAUCAUCGGCAUCACCGAUGCUAUUCUGGUCGUGCUAUUCCUGGUCCAACCAUUUGGUAUCACGAAGAUUACCCUCGCAUUCUCACCCAUUGUGCUCAUCUGGCUCGCCUUCAAUGCCGUGUUUGGUAUUUACAACCUGGCCAAGUUCGACGCAUCCGUCUUCAAGGCAUUCAACCCUGGGUACGGAUUUGAAUUCCUGAUACGCAAUGGAGAGCAUGGCUGGAGACAGCUCGGCGGUAUCUUGCUUGCUUUCACCGGUGUUGAAGCACUUUUUGCAGACCUUGGUGCUUUCAGCAGACGUGCCGUUCAAUUGAGUUGGUUGUGCUACGCCUUUCCGUGUCUACUUUUGGCAUAUAUUGGUCAAGCCGCCUACAUCAGCGAGCAUCCUGACGCUUAUGACAACCCUUUCUUCAACGCUGCUCCACCAGGAACCAUAUACCCGGCACUUAUUAUCGCCAUUCUUGCGGCUAUCGUGGCUUCCCAAGCUAUUGUUACCGCAACAUUCCAGCUCCUGCAUCAAGUUAUGAAACUGUCUUACUUUCCACAACUUAAAGUCAUUCAUACUUCCAAAAUCUUCCAUGGUCAGCUCUACAUACCUCUAGCAAACUGGCUACUUAUGAUUGGCACCAUUCUCAUCGCUUCCAUUUACAACAAUACGACAUCCUUGGGUAAUGCCUACGGUGUUUGCGUCAUGUUUGUCACAUUCUUUGAUACGUGCAUGGUCUCUCUGACGGCCAUAUUCGUCUGGCGAUUUUCGCCCUUUCUUGUUUUUUUCCCAUGGCUCAUCAUCGCCUGCAUGGACGGCACAUUCCUCUCUUCUGCCCUCACAAAGGUUCCGGAUGGUGCAUGGUUCACCAUCACUCUGGCCAUCAUCCUAGCGAGUGUCUUUCUCCUGUGGCGGUUCGGUAAAGAACAACAAUGGCUCGCCGAAGCCGAAGACCGCUUCCCCACAAGCCACUUUGUCCAAGUAGGACUUGACAAACAGUUACAACUGAGUAAGCGGUUCGAAAGUGACCGACUUAGCACGAUCAAAGGAUUUGGCGUGUUCUUCGACAAGGCCGGAGAGACUACACCGAUCAUCUUCAGUCAGUUCGCACUGAAACUCACAGCCGUACCUGAAGUCAUGGUUUUCUUCCACCUGCGACCACUGGAAACUCCGUCAGUGCCUCCAUCCGAGCGUCACACCAUUUCCAGGUUAGCAAUCCCCCACUGUUACAGGCUGGUCGUGCGGUACGGCUACAACGACGAAGUCAUCACUCCCGACCUCGCGGGUGUAAUUUAUGAACAGAUCAGGCUGUUUUUGAUGAGUCGAGAUCCCAAGUCGAUCCUCAAUCUUGCCAAGGAGGAGAAAUCUAGCGAGGACUCUGGACCAGAAACCGAGCAGCAACAAGAUGACAGUGGUGUUGGUGGUGGUGGGGAGUCGUACGGUGCCGAACUUGCUCGUCUCGAUGCCGCGUACGCACACAAAGUCAUGUACAUCAUGGGUAAAGAACAGAUGAAGAUCAAGCCCAAGACAAAUUAUUUCCGGAAGGCAUUGCUCUGGGCGUUCCUGUGGAUCAGGGACAACACCAGAACGAAGAUGGCCAACCUGAAUGUUCCCAUGGAUCGAGUGAUCGAAGUUGGUUUCUUGAAACAGAUUUGAAGAGGCUCUUCUUCGGUUGAGAUUGGCAAGAACACACCUGCCUUGGGGGAUAUCUUACUUAAGACGACCGGCUCAUGUUGGGAAACACAAGACCACGUCACGUCAUACCUUGGAUCAUUUACAAGCAAGAAUAUCUAUGCUCUGAUAUGUCUCUUCUCAGUGCAAAUCCCUCAAGGUUCGCCGCCGGUGUAAGCCAGAUUCAGGCUGAGAUGGACAUGACUGUCGGAAAACAGAUGACCACAAAUAGAUCACAUAGAGAAACACGGCUUUCACGAUUACUGAAAUGAAUGCGAGGUACCCGUAUCUUGGGAGCUGA